AUGCAGUGUCUGGCGAAGGCAGCAUCGUGGCUGUGCGAGAAGGACUCAGCUGUGCAGGACGCGGUUGCGCCGCAGCUCACUGGCGCGACCUUGCCCCGAUCUUGGAUCGAAGUCUCGCAGAUGUGUGCAGAUGCACACGCCGAGCAUUCCAACAUCCACUUCAUUGCGAAUUCCGCACGUGAAUCCCUGGAAUUAAAGAUGCAGACAUGGCGAAUUGUGGGCUGUGAGCCAGAUUACACGAAGACGCGAACCGAGCCAGGCUCGACCGCCAGCUGA